AUGUCAGGAAUAAACGUGAUGGAGAUAAUAAGGGACGAGAGAUCAAACCUCAAAUUAAUAAACUUCGUAUGUUCGAUUCUCAUCGUAACAGGUGGGGUGUUGAUUGCCCUAAAAUUAGGAGUUGAAGGUUCUUCCAUACUUGUGACAGUCGUAACUCUGCUCCUCCUCCCGUAUAUCCUACUAGCAAUGUUCGCCAUGAUAAGCAUUCUCUCAGUACUACUUCUUACGUGUAUUUCACUUUUACUAGAAUUCAUCAGUCAUUUGAUGAACUACAUCCUGGGAUAUCCACUUUAUAUGUUCCAGGUGUCUGAACGGGCUUAUUAA